UUUUCUUCUCCAUAGGAACCGUAAAGCCCACCAACGCACGCACUGGCUUCGCUUCUCAAGGCUCUCGCACGCACACUUUUCCUACUCAACACUCCCCACUCUUCUUCUGACCGUUUUCAUUUCUUCUUCCCAUCCAUUUUCCCACUAUCGCUAUUCCUCUCUCUCUCUCUCUCUCUAACUACUCCUUCUUCUUGCCUUAUGAAGAAGUGCUUUUCUUUAUCUUCCUCUCCAUUUCCCACUCCAUAUCCCCUCUAGCUUGUUCACCAUACAUUCAUCUUCUUCAACUCACAAUUGUCUGUGAGUUCGCUCUCGGGGAUUUUCAGGGUUUUGUUUUUUUGUUUGUUUCCUUCUCUCUGUCUUUUUUUCCAUGGAAAGGAAACAGGGUUUCUUCGCUGCUCUCAGAGAAGAGGUAGUUCGUGGGCUAUCGCCGUCGCGUUCUCGGGCUAACAGUCCCGGGCGAACCGGGUCGCCAAUGUCAGGCUUGCUUCGGAGGAAGAAGCAGAGCAGCUAUAACUUUGUGGUGAAUCCUGAUUCUGCUUUGGUCGCGAGAUCCGGGAGCAUGAGAGUGCUGGGGGAGACAUUGGCGCCGCUGAUGGAGGGACCCGACCCGGACGGAUGCCAAAACGGGGAUCCGAAGAGAGUUGGUUCGGCUCUUGGCCAGUGGAUGAGGGGGCAGUUUUCUCGAGCUCCGUCGGUAACUUCGACGUCUUACAAGAGGUCUGAUCUCAGGCUUCUGCUCGGGGUGAUGGGUGCGCCUCUGGCUCCAUUUCAUGUCAGCGCGUCUGACCCGUUGCCUCACCUCAGCAUUAAGGAUACUCCCAUUGAAACCUCGUCCGCGCAAUACAUACUGCAGCAGUUCACGGCAGCUUCGGGUGGGCAGAAGCUACAGAACUCUAUCAAAAAUGCAUAUGCAAUGGGAAAGGUGAGAAUGGUGGCUUCUGAAUUUGAAACUGCCACAAGGGUCGUGAAGAAUAGAAAUGCCUCUAGAUGUGCCGAGUCUGGUGGGUUUGUGCUCUGGCAGAUGAAUCCUGACAUGUGGUACGUAGAGCUUGCCGUAGGGGGAAGCAAGGUUCAUGCAGGCUGCAACGGGAAGCUUGUUUGGAGGCACACACCGUGGCUUGGUGCUCACACAGCGAAGGGACCAGUGAGACCACUGCGUCGUGCACUUCAGGGUCUUGACCCCAGAACCACUGCCAGCAUGUUUGCGGCUGCCAAAUGCAUUGGGGAGAAGAAAAUCAAUGGCGAGGAUUGCUUCAUCCUUAAGCUUUGUGCCGAUCCUCAAACAUUAAAAGCUCGGAGUGAGGGUCCUGCAGAGAUCAUCAGGCAUGUCUUAUUUGGCUACUUCAACCAGAAGACUGGACUCCUUGUUCACAUUGAAGAUUCUCAUCUGACCCGCAUCCAAUCUAAUGGGGGUGAAGCAGUUUACUGGGAAACCACAAUUAAUUCAUUCCUUGAUGAUUAUAGACCUGUGGAAGGGAUUAUGAUUGCUCACUCAGGUCAUUCUGUAGUAACACUUUUCAGGUUUGGGGAGAUGGCGAUGAGUCACUCCAAAACAAGAAUGGAAGAAGCCUGGACAAUCGAAGAGGUUGCAUUCAAUGUUCCAGGCCUUUCAGUCGAUUGUUUCAUCCCUCCAGCUGAUUUGAAAACUGGUUCCGUCAGUGAAGCUUUUGAGCUUCCUCAGGAUGAAAAAGUAAAGAACUCUGUAGCAGCACAGAGGGUCAAGGUUUCUGCGCUGGAAAAAUCACAUAAUGGAAGCACUAAUAGUAUGGCAUGGAAGAUGGAAGUCUAACUGUGGCUGAGGACUAGGUCAUUGCAAUUGUUAAUAGCAGUUACUAGUGUUUGACUACUGAUACUCAGAAGUUAUAGUUGGGAUUCAGCUGGGUUUUUUUUCUGUGGAAGUCUACCUAUGCCUCUAUUUAAUCUGUAAAUAGAGCAAAAACAAAAUUCACUUGUUUCAACCAGACCUGAGUGAAUUUUUUUAUACUCUGUGCAGGAUCCAUUUACAGAGUUGGAGUUUGUUUAUCCACCUAGGAAUAGAAAAAAAAUAGCGACUAAUUUUUAGCCGGGCUUCCAUACACAAUGGAAAGGUGGUGAUGAAGCAUUGGUUUAGCAGAGACAACGAAACUUGAACUUGGCAAUUUAGUUUAGUGUUGGUGGUGGUGAGUAUUAAAGAGCCUUCCGCCGACUGCAAGGGGUUUGACACUAACAGAUCAAUUAACUCUGGUGUUGAAGGAUAUGCUAAUUCCGUUUCUUUCCAAGUGUAGGUAUUGUUUCUGGGUUUGGAUUGGUAAAAGGGUUUGUUUUUGGGUUAGGGGGGGAAAUACUCUUUCUUACCUUACCUCUAUGCCCAACUCUUCUGAUAUGGUAUGCAGCUGUAAUUUUGCUUUUAAUUCAGUGCUUCUGAAAAUGAAAUGUAAUCGCCAAUGAAUGCUCAUGGCACGUUAAUGCU